CGACAUGGAACGAUAUCUGAAACAUAUGUUUCUAGACGAUUAGUUCGAGUUCAGCGUUUGUGUGUGCACGUUCAACGACAUGAAUCGAGCGGCGUUGCCUCAGAGACCAUUAAGAGGACGAGGGUGUAUUCGUGAGACUAAAUGGAGAACAAGAAGGUUCCAAGGAAUUGGCGGUUUGCUACGUUCCAUUCACGAUUUAAAUGAAAACGUUUACGAUGCGGAUGAUGAUUUACUAGAAGUUCGACGUAAAUUACAAAAAUCUCGAGGAAAACUUGGAGAUAUUCUGGAUAAAAUCGACCGUUUAAAAGAAGAUCUCGUCGUCAGGAAAGAUGCUCUUCAAAAAAACACCCAAGAGUUGCGUGCAGCUAUCGACGAUUUGAAUUUGCCCAACAGCCUGUAUAAUUUAAACGAAGAAGAGAAUAAUGUUUUGAAAAUGGAUCUGUGGAUGUCUGAAGAAGAUAUUGUCGAGGCUCGUAAUCACAUUCACGAUGCCGAAGAUGAUUUAAAUUUCGAGGUUAUACACGAGUUAAUGAACAAAAAAACUGCUGAUGGGACCGAAUCAGAAAUUAUUGAGAGCGGAGUGCGGAAUUUUGAUUCUAUUACGCUGCCAAACGUCAUAUCAAAUGGUCUGAUUCCAAAUAAUGGAAUCGUGAAAAUGAACCGCAGCAAAUGUUGUGUGUGUCUGAAGGCGAAACUAGACUGCGUUUUGUACAAAUGUGGCCAUGUUUGUACCUGUUACACUUGUACUGAAUUGAUAUUGGCGGAUCGAGAAAACCGAAAAUGUCCAGUAUGCAGAAGUCCCAUAAAAGACGUGAUAAAAACCUAUUUUGUUUGCUAAUCUCACGCAAGACGUCAAUGCAAUGCAAAAUGCUUGUUGCUCUCUUUGAUAUAAGCCGUUUCGAAAAAAAAGUGUACCUACUUUUAAGUCUUAUGUGAAACUUAAUCGAGUUCGUAGCAAUAAAUUCGUUUAUUUUAGUGCGA